AUGUCUGAAACUAGUACACCUUAUACUCCAGCUUCCACCAUUACCUUUGGUAAUAAUGAGAUGGUCUCGCUAGCGGACGAAAUUAAGAAAUAUAAGACGGCUGAACUUAUCGAAUUUUUGCGUAAGGAGGAGGACUUGGGGCUUGAUGACGAUGACUUGGAAAUUAUUCGCAAUGAAAAGGUUACUGGCCGUGCCUUCCUUAAUAUGACCGAGCAGAAGUUCAGAGAUUGUGGGUUAAAAAUAAGACCUGCUGUGACCCUUGCAAAGUUCGCUAAGGAGUGUAAAAAGAAAAAGAAGCAUAAAGAGCUUACCUUAGCACCUCAGCUCGAAAUCGUUGGAGAAGAAAGUACUGGCCGGGUUGACUAUGCAAUCAAAGCCCUAGAGGAACUUCUAUGCAUCACGGAAGGGAAGCUACAUCAAGUGGUCAUGGGUUUCGCUCAGAAUUUGAUUCAAUGUGAAAGCGCUCUACAAAUUAAUAAAAAAAAUAGGAAACGUAAAUCAGGUGAGGCGUUUGGGGAAGACUUCGACUAUAUCUACAGGAUCGUUACAACAGCCUUGGAAUGGUAUUUUAUUCUUUUUACCUCGGAUGGGAUAUCGAGCACGAGCAAGGAUCCCCUCAAUAUCCGAUUUACUGAAUCAGCCUUGAAGGAAGGAUCGGAAGAAGAAAAAGACUUAUGUAAAAAUGUGAAACAGGGUAUGGAGGUCGUCGUUGGGCUAUUGAAAGAUAGGUUAGAGUGUGUGGGCGAAAAACCGGAUAGGAAGAAGGCUAGGAUAAAGGAAUAUCGUUCAAAAAAAUAA